GUCAAUUCAUAUCAAACCAGCAGCUGAAUUAUCUAUUUUUUCCUUUAUGCUGGCUUUCUUUAUUAGAUUAAAUGCUCUACAUUACCGUAUCGUCCAAUUGGUCCAAUUGUUAUAUUCUGAUCAAGUAAACUUAACCAAUUUACAAUUUUCUUUAAAAAUAGGAAAAAGAUAAAAUUCAGCUUCUCAAUAACUAUCAAAACUGGUAAGAUAACUUUUUUAUGCUUGUGGAAACCAACAGCCUACGAGAUGAAUUUGUCGUUAUACAGAGCAUCAGAACUGGAAACAAAAAAGAAAUUGGUUCUGCUUUGGCCAAUAAUGGAAAAGUUAUUAAAACAAUAGAUUGUGACAACACGCUAAUGGCUGUCUGCUUGUUUCUUUCUGCUAAAAUCCGGAUAAUCUCAAUGGUAACACACUAAGUUGGUUUAGUUGUUCCAUUCCUUCUAUACAUCUGGUUUUGGUUGACUGUUAUUGAGAUAUCAAUGGGCAACCCAAUCUUUUUGCAUUUCGGAAAGCACAGAUGCUUCCACUGCAGCUACCUUUCUCGCUAACACCUCUUGCCAGAAGCAGUAAAUACGUAUCAAUCAGGCUCGACCCCAGAGCAAAUCAUUCUGAACCAGAU